CCCUCCGCUCCGCGCCCCGGCCCGGCGCUCGGGGCCUCUCCCGGGCGCUGCCCCCGCGGGCCCGGCCGCGCCUGCUCCGUGCGAGGCGACGCGGCCAUGGCGGGGCUGGAGCCGCUCUACGCCUGGGCGCGGGCGGCCGUGUCCCGCCCGCAGGACGCGCUCGUCUGCGGCAUCCACUGGGAGCUGGUCCGGCAUGGCUACCGCUGCCUCGGCGCUGGCGACCAGCCAGGUCCUGAUGAAAGGAAGUCAGAGCUGCUGCCUGCUGGCUGGGAAACCAACAAGGAGGUGUACACACUGCGCUACAAGUCCACGGACGAUGCCCAUGAGCUGCUGCUGAAGGCCAUCAUGGUGGAAGACAGCAUGAUCCUCAAUGUCAUGGAUCGCAGUUCUCAGAAGGUGGCAGAUGUGACCUUGGCAGUGGCUGACUACAUCAACCCAGAGCACCUGGACGAUUUCCACAAGGUGUACAAGAACACCGAGGAUCUGAGGACAAGGAUCGCUUCAGGCAUCAUCGCUCCCCUCGGCGCCCCUGCAGAAAAGCCCAAAAAUGAGCCUGAGAAGAAGGAUCCUGAUUUGCUUCGGGAUCACGACCCCCUCAGGGUCCAUCCCCGGCAGCCAGCAGGCACAAGAGCCCCAUCCCGGCCUUCCCCCUUGAGCCCCUUUGCCGUUGGUGGGGAAGACCUGGACCCUUUUGGAGGUCAGAGUGGGGGAAUGAUCGUGGAUCCUCUCCGGUCUGGCUUCCCACAGCCCGGCAUUGACCCAUCGUCGGGCAUUCCAGGCCGGCUUCCUCCGGGAGCAGUUCCACCAGGCGCCAGAUUUGACCCCUUUGGCCCGAUAGGACCUAGUAGAUCUGGGCCAGAUCCUGACCACCUUCCCCCUCCAGGCUAUGACGACAUGUUCAUGUGAGGAAUCACCUCAUGGCUUCUCAUGGCUGUGGCCAGAGCCUUCUCCUGGGAAGCAGGAGCACUUCCUCAUCUUUGCUUCCCAUUUGGUGGACUUUGAUAUUUCCAGCAGCAUUUGGUUCUCCCCACUUGGGGCCACCUUCCUGUGUCUGACCAGCUAUAAAGGAUUCCCUGUGUGCAGAACAGAAGAGGAAGCAGUAGGUCCAUUUCUUUCCAUGCUCCUCUUAGGGUGCCAGGCUAUUUGCACCCAGCUGAAGUGGUCCUGCCCCACACGAGGUGGCAGUGGGGGGUUUGUCCUGGAGCUCCGAGCAUGGCCCACAUGCUCUAGGGUUCCUCCUCUGCUUCUUUGGGGUGGCAUGGAGAAGAUGAUGUUUUCUCAGAAAUGGUUUCUCUCUUACUCUUCAUCCAAGUGAAGGGUUGAGCAGUAUGAAAGGCUGGAAGCAUAGCCCAUGGGGUCUCCGUGGGCAGACCCCUAGCAGGGCUGAGACCAACUUCCCCAUGGCUGUGCUCACUGGCUUUAAAGAGCACCAGCAGCAAAGCCUUUAACAAAGAGACAGCUACUGAAUUCCUGCCCCCUCUCUCCCCUGCAGCUGAUGUUUUCCAUGCCCAGGAUGCAUGCCAAGCCCCACGCGCAGUGUGUCCAGAGCUGCCCACUGGGCACCACAAGGGGCUGGGCAGGAGGGUGCUCAGUGCCUGCACAACCUGUUGGACCCAGCAUUGGCUCUCCCCAGGCACAGCAGAGCUGAGCCUGGUACUGAGCUGGGGCCUUCCUGGGAAUGCUCACAGGGGGCUUGCUUGGCUGUGGGAUUUGCUUUCCGGAAAGGGUUUAUGGAACACGUUUCCCUGCCAUCAUUCCUGUUGCACAAGGUUGGUGCAGCUCUGCCUGGCUGAACUCUGCCAACAGCUUGGGGAGGAUGGGUGAGAUCUGGGUAGCUCAGGUUCCUGAGCUUUCUGGAAACCACCCUUCCCUGCAGCUCCCCUAGGUCAGUUUUGGGGCUGCAGCUCAUCUUUUCUGCCAGGGGUUCGCAUUAUUUUUUUUUUCUUCCCAUGGUUUGGUUACUUGGAAGGAUGUUAAUGAGCUUGAAAUAAAAACGUGACAACA